UCGGCCACAGCAGCUCAGGACGUUUUAUUUCAUGUCACUGUGUGAAGCAGCUGCUGACUUCCUGUCACUGUCACUGAAUAAUAAUUAAACUCAGCUUUAAUGAAUCAACAUGAACCUGCAGAACGAGCAGAGACAUGAUCAACAUGAGCUGCCCUGCCUCUCUCUCUCUCUCUCUCUCUCUCUCUCUCUCUCUCUCUGUCACUAUGUGUCAGUAGUAACUCUGGUUCUAUAUUUAACCUGCAGGCUAUCUCUAUCUCUCUGUGUGUCUCUCUCUCUCUAUCUCUGUGUCUCUCUCUCUCUAUCUCUGUGUGUCUCUCUAUCUCUCUGUCUCUCUCUCUGUCUCUCUCUCUCUCUCUCUCUCUCUCUCUCUUUCUCACACACACCCGACAUAAACGAGGCCGCUGAGGGACGACGAGCAGGAUGGAGACUUGUGCUGGCCUCAUGGGUUUGGACUGAUGUGGCCCUGAAGGAGGAGGCCCCAUCCCGGCGCUCAGUGGCUGAACUCGCAGGAAGAUUCAAGGGCUCUGCUCCUCCACACGAUGCAGCUGGAAAUGAAACAGAUAAACCGGUCAGACGACGACCUCCUUGCUCCCUACAGCUCCCCAAGACACAUGGAGACGACCAGGAGCAGUCUCCAGGUGUCACCUCACCUCUACCUGCCAAAACUAAGAGGAACUCUGCUCUGAUUGAGAAGCUUCAGGCCUCCCUCUCUCUCUCCCCUUCAGGUCCUAUCCCCUCUCCAAAGAGCCCCGGCUUUAGGCUGCUGCCUCCCGCCUUCCCCCCAGCCUCCCCCAGCUCUGCCCCAGUAACCGCGGUAACCACCUCAUCCACAGUGACCCCCACCAGCCCGGUCACUGCCUCUCCGGUAACUGAAGAGGAAGGCCCCGCCUCCUUUGAAGACCCUCCCACGCUGGCGGAGGGGUCCAUCCUGUUGAGCAUGAACAAGAGCCGAGCUCGUCACUCUCUCCGGCGACGCCCUCCAUCCCGCCGCCACAGGAAGUCCAGCAGCGGAGACGAGGUCGGCGUCACCAAUGACGUAGCAGACAAAGCAACAGCAGGAGGAGGAGGAGGAGAGAAGGAGGAAGCAGCAGGAGAAGUUUUCAAGAAGGAAGGAACAACUGACGAGAUGAAGGACGACAAAACCGACGCUUCAACGUGUCCUGGAGAAGAUCAGCACGAGACUGAGUCCAGAGAGGAGGACGAGAAGAGGAAGGAGGGAGAGAACGGACCCAUGGGAGGAGAGGAGGGAGACAGAUCUUCAUCAGGAGGAAAGGAGGAGGAGGAGAAACAAAACCAGGCGGAAGAUGUGAGUGAAGGAGCGACGAACACAGAGAGCAGAGAAGAAGAGAAGAGCGCAGUGAUUCCCACAUGAACAGCGUCAAUGAAACUCAACAUGUUUCACAUUAAAAGCCCUCAAGAGGGCCUUCUGUUUCCUUUGGCUUUUAAUUUGAAACAUCAACAGAAUUGACCGAACAGAACACUGGACUUUUCCUUUUGUAAGAACUUAAUGUGACGUUUUUAAUUCUGAUGUUUUCUUUCUGUUUGGUGCCUUCACAGCUGUGACUGAUGAUGAUGAUAAUGAUAAUGAUGAUGAUGAUGAUGAUGAUGAUGAUGAAGAUGAAGCUGUGUGAUUUGGUGUCUCUGUGUUUAUUUAAAGCACUGAAGCUUUUAGAGCUUCACAGUGUGACCCAGAGUCAUGUUGUUGUGUGAGUCCGGUCCUGGUUCCACCCUGACCCGGGUCCUGCUGAUCCUCCAGUGGCUCAGUGGAGGAUAAAUCCUGGUGUGUACAGGUACAGAGUUUAUUUCCUGGUCAGAGGGAAAACCUGGAGCCGGUUUCCAAAGAUUCAUUUCAAAACCAACCACGGAGCUUUUAUUGUUUCAGCAGGUGAAGAACCUGUAAAUUCUCCUUGUUUAAGUCUGAAACAGAAAUUAAAAUGCAUAUUUUUGCUAAAUUAC